CAGGUGUGUUAAUACACGACCCAAAAAUGCUCUAAAUUGCCUCUUAAAUUUUUCUUUUUUUCUCUUGUUUAUCUUCCUCGUCUUUUUCUUACUCCGCAUCACAACGAUCGCCUUCAUUCUUUCGGUGAUCGAUUUGGUGAUCGAUAAGAAGGAAGCAGUUUGUUUUUUUGUGGUACUCAAUAUGAAGGUCCCUUCAUUGCUUCUCGUCGCAGCGGCGACAGGCUCAUUUGGUGCUGCUAUAAAGACCCGGGAGGAAUCCUUCUCUGAGCAGUUGUUGGAUACCCUUGGAUCAUUCUCUUCGUCAGACCCCAUCAUUUCUGAGUUGAGCGCAGCGAUUCGAAAUUCCAGCUUGAUAUUAGAUCAAGCCUCCAGUCAAAAUAAUGCCAUCAGCGUUCGAACGUCCUCUUUCCAGGCGCAAACCGCGUGCCAAUUGCUUCGCUGUAUCCUACCAGACUCUUAUACCGAUAUUAGGACAAACCAAACUGCCUACGUCACUCUCCUAGAAAAGAAUUGGUCGAGCAAUUGUGACCUCGCCGCGGCUUGUUUCAUAACCCCGGAACAUCCCGUCCAGGUAGCUAUCGCGCUGCAAGUGAUCAGCAGGGUCCAGUCCAAAUUCGCAGUCAGGUCUGGUGGUCACAACCCCAACCCAGGCUUUGCGGGUAUUGGCCAGGAGGGUGUCACGAUCGACACACAACGUUUCUCGAACUUGAGCUUGAGUGCAGAUAAGUCGUAUGCUACUGUAGGUGCUGGCCUUCGCUUUGGACCUGUUCAGGAGUAUCUUGACUCGAAAGGCGUUGCGGUAGUGUCUGGUCGCAACAAGUAUGUAGGCGUAUCUGGACUCCUCCUCGGUGGUGGUCACCCCAUCAUCAACUCUCUUACGGGGCUUGCAGCGGACAAUAUCAAGAGCAUGGAAGUCGUGCUUUCGGAUUUCAGGGUUGUUACCGCAAGCAGAACCGAGAACUCGGAUCUAUUCCGUGCCUUAAAAGGGGGUGGGAACAAUUUCGGCAUUGUCACAAAGUUUGAGCUGUACACUACGAUGCCGCGAAACCUCUGGUACCGCAAUGCAAUCUACGCUGCUUCCGACGCGCAAGCAGUUUUCAAGGCACUGGCAGAGGUGCAGAAGAAUAUGGAAGGAGACUCCAAAGCUGGUAUCCAGAUGACGUGCUCACCUGCCGGCUUCACUGUCGCAUUCGUCUACGGCGAGCCUACGAACGACCCUGCUGUAUUCGCGCCGUUUAGCAAAUUGGUACCGACGUCUGAGAGGACUCCUCCCACGAACGGUACGACCUUGGAAUUCAUUGAGCUCCAAAGUCCGCCGCAGCCCGAGGCCAGUCGCGACACCGUCGGUGUUACCACGACCCUUGACGCAGACAUGUAUCUCGAUUUCUACAACCAAUACCUCACUAUAAAUGCGGCCAACAACGGCACUUCCGCCGCGUUCCUCCUUGUUAUCCAGACCUUGGGUGCGGCCGCUGCUCGGGUUGGCGACUGCAACGGCGGAAACGUUUUGGGUUCGUCUAAAAGGGCUCUAACCCUUUGGAACCCCAUCUCGACGUGGACGAACCCGGCAGACGACAAGCAAGUCCACAGCGUUGUUACACAAAUAGGGAACUACAUUAAGAGCCGGUCGCAAGCCAAGAAUCUAUACGACCCGCUCAUCUUCGCCAACAUCGCUGCAUAUGAUCAAAAUGUGCUCGCGAGCUACGGUUCGCAGAACUUGAACUUCCUGCGAGGCGUGAGCCAGAAGUACGACCGCUACGGCACGUUCCAAAGACUACAAAAUGGUGGAUUCCUGGUUUCUAGAUCAUAGAGGAAAUGGCCGGUAAUACAUGACUGUAUACAUAUCAAUUUUGUAUAAAUUUUAAUUUUAAUUGCCUAGGGGCACCGAGCUCCUAGAUCGUCGAUGUAAUUUUAGCUGUGAAUGCAUCUAGAUUACGGCACCCCCUACCUCGGGGAUAACGGCUAUUGCUAAGGUACUACACUAUUUAAUGCACAUGUAGGCGGCGCGAACUGUUGGUGGUGUGCAUUUUCUUGGCGUUGUUCAACCUCGCCGAACCUCACCGAUAUGGUCGAUUAACUAACCUCGCCGACCUCGCCGAGGCAAACGGUACGACAAACCUUGCCGAGCAACAAAUUCUUACCGAAAUAAGAAAGAAGAGAAAAAAAAUUAUAGUACACCUAUAGUGGUAGCUAGACCAGCCUCGGUACCUUACAGCGUGCCGUGCCGCCUCUAGUUUAGAGCUCUCUCGAGUGCCGCCGCUUAUUCUGGUGAACACUCCGAGCAGGACCCCCUAUCCUACUUAAUAGCUUGAAGAGGCAGGACAUCGACAGCCUCUAUCUAUCGGCGGACCGACCAAAUGCGAGAGCCGCACGG